AAUGAAGAUAUAAAUCAAGUGAAAAGUUCUCGUAAUUUCAGAGGAAAGGUAGUACUGGUGACCGGAUCCAGUUCUGGUAUAGGGGAGGGAAUCGUUAAACUAUUCUCUAUAUUGGGCGCCAAAGUUGUGGUCACCGGUAGGAAAGCCGCUGAAGUCACACGAGUUGCCAAAGAAGCUCAAGAAUUGUCACCAAAAAAGGAAAAGCCAUUAGAAGUGGUGGCGGAUGUGACCAAAAGUGAUGACUUGAAUAGACUGAUGAGUGAAACGAUCAAAACAUUUGGACGAUUGGAUGUAUUGGUAAACAACGCCGGGAUCUUCAAAAUGGCUGGAAUUAAGGAUAAGAGAAAUUUCAUGAAAGUCUUCGAUCAGACAAUUCAAGUGAAUUUGAGGCCGUAUUUAGAGUUAAUUCAGUUAGCGAUCCCUCACUUGGAGAAAACAAACGGCACUAUAAUCAGUACAUCGAGUAGACUAUCGGAGAAUCCGGUGCGAAUGGGAAUGGCUUAUGGCAUCUCGAAAGCCGGUGUGGAUAUGAUGACCAAAACAUUAGCCCUUGAAUUGGGGCCAAAGAUUAGAGUGAAUGCCGUGAACCCGGGUCCAACUGAAUCUAAUCUGAAUAGUAAUACUGGUUUUGAUCCCAAUAUUAUGAAUGCACUGAUGGGUCAACUCAUGGAGAAUACACCACUUCGACGAUUGGGUGAACCCUUAGAUGUGGCCAAAGCCGUCGUAUUCCUGGCCUCAAGUGAUGCCCGAUUUAUAACCGGUGCCAACAUUAACAUUGAUGGAGGCCUACAAGCAUUUGCAGUU